AUGCAUUGCUACUCAUACGUCACAAGUUUGCCUUCUAUUUUCUUCAGCACCUUUCGGAUCCUCUUGCUUCUAGACAUAGCAAAAAUGAACGUGGAAAAUCACUAUCACCGGCUCAGCCAGAAUGACAAUGACAUUGAGUCAUGUACAGCUUCUGAUCAACAUGAGGACUCAGCCUCUCGAACGAGAAAGAAGCUUUCACAGUUUUACUUCAUCUUCGUUCACCUGAUCCUUGUUAUCGCUAUCCUCCACAUGUGUGUCACCUAUCCAAGAUGGCAUCGCUCAAAGCCAGACGAGUAUAUCUACAUGGCAGAAGCACUCGCGGAAAUCACCGAAGAACGAACGGAUACCCACUCUCACAGCGCAUUUACCGGAACACCAAACAAUGCAAAUACAAAAGCCUGGGAGGAUCUACUUCUUCCUGGCUUCUUCAAUGCGACUGCAGAGGAGAUAACAUCCGUUGGCGCGUCCAUCGACGAGUCCGUAAAAGUUGACGAUGGGGGCUAUCUGGCCUCACUACACGUGUACCACGAUAUCCAUUGUCUGCGACGACUACGACUAUGGCUGUAUCGUGAUCAUUUUUACCCACACAUCGACCCAACGCGGGUCCCCGAUAUCCAAAGACAUCUCGGUAAAUGCUCCCCCACGAUGUUCAAGCACGCGCUGACCAUGGAAGAUCACUGCAUUGAGACACUGAGGAGGAACACGAUGUGUAAGGCAGAUACUAGCGUCGAUACAUUUGUAUGGACGGAUCCAACCGCCGAGAAACCUGCUAUGAAAUCUACGGGGUUUAGAAAGUGCGUGAACUGGGACAAGUUUGAGAGUUGGGCAUUCUCGAGAAAGAUUGAUUUACAUCCUUACAUUCUUCGGCCAACCGAAGACAAAAAGUUUUGAGUAAUCUAUGACAACGAGUUGUUAAUGUAUUUCUACGUUUUAUGAAAAGUCCCGAGCGAUCUCAUAUGGAUUCACGACCACACACUCAAGUGUAUACUCGAUUUAGUCCUGUCACAAUAUAAGAGUUCAACUUUUUCAAUUCGCUGACAUCUUUUGUCAUGUGCGCUUAACAUCAAC